AUGUUCAGGUAUCGUGCACCAGAAAUCCUUCUUCGAUCCACCUCCUACAAUUCACCCAUCGAUAUUUGGGCCCUUGGCUGUAUAAUGGCAGAGCUGUAUAUGCUUCGUCCAUUGUUUCCAGGUACAAGUGAACUCGAUCAACUUUUCAAAAACGUCACUAUUUUUGGAACACCCAGUAAGGAGGACUGGCCCGAAGGAUACCAAUUAGCUACGGCGAUGAAUUUCCGUUUUCCACAAGCACCACCGGCACCAAUGGAGACGAUUGUGAACACUGCGGGUAAGGAUGGUAUGAAGCUGAUGAUGGAUAUGAUGAUGUGGAAUCCAGAGAAAAGGCCAAACGCAGCGCAGAGCCUCAAGUACAAGUACUUCCAAGUGAAUGAGAAAUUGGGAGCUCCUGUUAUGAGUCAACCUGCGCCAGGAAGUGUAAGAAAAACAAGUGCUGGCAGUACCCAGAGUGACAGCAAAGCUGUCAUCAGCAAGCAAAAGGUGGUCGCCAAGGAUUAUCACUGGAUCCGAAAAUGUUUCGCCCCAAGGAAAACCGAUUGA